AGCAGACGAAGACGAUGGCUUCCUCUAUAUCACAACAGUUAGAAGAUCUAUUAAAUCCUCUACCAAAGUUCACAGAUCCAGAGGACGAUCAAGAUGAAGCCACUAAGGCCAGGGUAAUCGAGAAGUUCGAUGAGGGUGAUGAGGUGGAUGACUACACUUCAGUCUCUGGGCUCAAGAAGCGUAGUUCCCACAUCCUGGAGGAAACUGACCGGCGAUAUGCGGGGAAGGCGACAUCUCGGAAAGAACUGCAGAAACUAGUAGCAGGAUCAGAUGAGGAAGAGGAAGAUGACGACGGUGAUGAAGACGGAGAUGAUGAUGAUGAUGAUGAUGAUGAUGAAGGUGGUGACAGUGAUGAAUUGGAAGAUGACGACGAUGAGGAGGAGGAGCUGGAAGAUGAUGAAGAGGAUGAGGAGGAAAGGGACGAGGAUGCUCCAGUGAAAACUAAGUCAGUCACCAAACUGAAAAGCACCGAUAUCACCUUUCCAAAAGAGACAGACUUUCGCAAACUAACUGAGGGAAUGGAUGACCUUGGAGUAAGUGAAGAGGAUGAUGGAGAUAGUGGUGAGGAAGAUAAAGACAGUUCGGAAGGAUCGGAAGAGGAAGAUGAGGAGGAAGACGAUGAUGAGAUGGACGACACUGAUGCCGUGAUGACAUUUUCUAAGGAGAAGGUUGAUGAAGAAGUAGAAAAGGGAAAGUCUGUGAAAAAUCAACUUGCUCUUUGGGAUCAGCUUCUGGAGAGCAGGAUAAAGAUCCAGAAAGCUCUGGCCACAGCCAAUCAGCUUCCACAGCCCCAGACCUUCCCAGAGUUUAAAAACAAGGGAGACGUGCAAUUUUCAGGAGCCUUGAAGAACAGUCACAAAGCGCUGAAGGCCUUGCAGAGGUCCCUAGUGGACCUUCAGGAUCUUCUCCUGCUCCAGAACCCGGAGACCAGGGUCAUCGCUCAGGGCAAGGCAUGGAGUGCAAACAGCAAGAGUAAAGUCAUGGAGGAUAGUGAUCUGGAUGAGGAGGAUGAAGAAGAAGAUGAUGACGAUGAAGAUGAAGACGAGAAGUCAAAGGGCUCGCAAAACGGAGGGGCUCCCAAGCGGAAACUUGAAAUGUCAGACUAUCCUGAUUUCAUGACCAAACGCUUUGCAAAUUUUGAGCCCUACCGCAACAGCACCCUGCAGAAGUGGUACGACAAGACACGACUCACCAUGGGCAAGAACACCAAGGGUUUUGGGUCAUUUGACCGGAACAUUCUAACCCAGGUUGAGCACGUGUUGAUGGAUAAGGAGAGGUUAGUCCGUCGCACACAGACGCGACGGUCCCAGUUCCGAGUCCUUGGCAAGCCCGAGAUCACCGCUCCUGUACUUGAGCCAGCAGCUACAGAAAAAGAGGCGGUAGAGCAGGCCAUGCUGAAGGCUAACGCACACCUCAAAGACCUGGACGAGGAGAUCUUCGACGACAGUGAUUUUUAUCACCAGCUUCUUCGAGAGCUCAUAGAGCGCAAGACCAGUGCAGCUGAUCCCAAUGACCAGGUUGCAAUGGGCAGGCAGUGGCUGGCCAUUCAGAAGCUGCGCAGUAAGAUCAAGAAGAAAGUGGACACCAAGGCCAGCAAGGGCCGCAAAAUCAGGUUCCACAUCCACAGCAAGCUGGUGAAUUUUAUGGCUCCAGUGGACCACAGCUCGAUGCAUGAUGAGGCACGAACGGAGUUGUAUCGGUCACUCUUUGGAGGCGACACACUCACUGGUGCCGCCCCACGUGAUGGACUCUAACCCUGCAGGAGUGUGGACGUGGGACACAUGGAGACACUGGAUGCAGCCUUCAUCAUGGGCACCACAGUAGCUGCUCACUGCACAGCGCACUGGGAAAGAAAUGGACCACAAGACUGUGCUGAAGUGAACCAUGGACUAUUUAGUUUUUGUCAUUUUGGCCAGAUUUUGUACAUUUUCUGUAUAUUUAAAAUACAGUGUCAUGGAAUGUGACUUAGGUGAUUUUAAAUACACUUUGUACUUUUUCACUUCCCUGGGGUCUGCGCAGUGUGAAAGGAGAAAUUAUGUUCAUCCAUUGUAUUUAUCUUGUGUGAUAUUUCUCAAGGUCACAGUGUGAACCUUUAUUUCAUGUACAAAGGAUGCAAGAUGAAUGACUGGAUAUGUCUGAAUAGUGUUUUGUACAUCAGUCGCUAAAGAUUAUAACAAUGUGAGUGGGGAGGCAAAUAAAUUGUACAAAAACAAA